CCCCAUCACCCGGGCGCAACCCAGCCGAGAUCCCGAGGAUGGAGCUCAACAAUCGCGGGACACAGUCCCUAAACCGGGAACGGGAAGUGCUAAGCUUCCAGCCUUGGCGCGUCAGUCUCGAAAGGUAAACGAUCGGCUUACCUCGCCCGUACACCUUGCCGGUCGAGAACUCACCUCCUUUUUAUGGAAGACACGAGUGAGUCACUUGCAGAACUCCGAGGGACAUGCGGGCAACGAGACGACUAAACGUUGCUAUCAAUGAUCAUGCACUGCGGAGCCAGUGGCUCGGCGAGCGGCGACCAGAGGCCGGGGCUUGCUGUACAUAUACCGCCCAGUCCGCUCCUUUCUCUCGUAAAUCUGGAGGGUCCCUGAGAGAUCUCGUCAGAGUCCCGGCUAUACGUCCAAGAUCUCCCCAUCUUCAACUCCUCUUUUCCCCUUCCCCAAUUUUCUGUUGCUUCGACGUUGCAACAUGAAGGUCACGGGUGUCAUCGCGGCGAUGGCUGCUGUGGCAGCUGCCGCCGAGUCGUCCGGCAAGAUGGAAAAAGUGAUGGAGAUCAAGACGAAGCAAUGGGCCGACGCCAGAGCGAGGGGCCUCUUCGGAGGGUCAUCUCGCUAUUUCAAGAUCGGCUCCAAGUAUCCUUGCAUCAGGGGCAAAUCCGGCCGAGGAGACCAACAGUACCAGUGCAACAACGUUGAUAUGCACGGCUUCUUGAGCCACGAAGAUCUUGGCUCUGUCGACAAGGCCGGCAACGACGUUUGGGGCUGGACGUCGCCUUCUGGGCGUGAAUUCGGCAUCGUUGGCCAGACGGACGGUGUCGGCUUUGUCGAGAUUCUCAACAACGGCAAUCUCGAGUACCUCGGGCGCCUCGACACGCAGACCACGGUCACCAGCUGGAGAGAUAUCAAGGUGAUUGGUCAUCAUGCCUAUAUCGGGUCAGAGGCUCCAGACCAUGGACUGCAGAUCUUUGACCUCACCAAGCUCGAACGUGAGGUGAAGCCUUGGUGGAAUCCGUUCUUCUGGAGGCCUAAGGUCUUCAACAAGGAGAAAGACCUGACGGCUCUCUUCACCGGUUUCGGUUCGUCGCACAACAUUGUGGCGCAUCCUGAGACCAAUAUGAUCUACGCCGUCGGGGGCAGGUCAGGUGCCAACUCGAGAAACACCACUUGCGCCGGUGGGAUGUUCAUGGUCGACGUGUCGAACCCAGCCAAGCCCGUCUCACCCGGUUGCAUUCCACAAGACGGGUACGUCCAUGAUGCCCAGUGCGUCAUCUACAAGGGCCCGACGGAGAAGUAUCUCGGCAAGGAGAUCUGCUUCGCCUACAACGAAGACACCUUGACCAUCAUGGACGUGACCGACAAGAAGAACCCGGUCGUCGUCUCCCGGACCCCCUACGUCGGCUUCGCCUACACGCACCAGGGCUGGCUGGUCGACGACACCAUGACCUUCCUCCUGCUCGACGACGAGCUGGAUGAGAUGGAUGGCACCAACCCUGGCAAACCGGGGCACACCACCACCUACAUAUUCAACGUCACCAACCUCGAAGCGCCCGUGAAUACGGGAUACUACCAGAGCCCGGCCAAGUCCAUCGACCAUAACCAAUACGUUGUCAAGGGACUCUCGUACCAAUCGAACUAUGGGUCGGGGCUCCGCGUGGUCGAUGUUUCAGGAGUUGAACGGGAUCCCACGGGUGGUCUUUUCGAGGAGGUCGGGUUCUUUGACUGUCAUCCGGAGGACGACGCGGAGAACGGCGUGGUUGAGUUCCUCGGGACUUGGUCUGUCUAUCCGUACUUCAAGUCCGGAUAUAUUCUCCUCAACUCGAUCGAGCGCGGGAUAUUCUCGCUCAAGUACACUGGCCGCAAGGCCAAGUACUAAGUAGGACUGAUAGCCAGGUACAUACUUGUAAGCUGGCAUUAGUUCAAAGGCCACAGAAAGUCUUCGAACAACCUUUCGAGAGAAGAAUAUUGGAAAUGUUUCCAUGAUGUUUGUUCAACCAUGACUCCACAACCGCGGUUAUAACUGGCUGCUAAUGCA